AUGGAGGGGGGCCUUACAAGCAUUCCCCCUCGUGAAGACAAAGGAGGAAUUGACAUUUGUUUCAAAAGCCUUGCAGCUACGGUAAUCAUGCUCUACCAGGAGCCUCGCCACCCUUUGGACACUUCAUCGUCCAACUGCUUCCCUCAACUGAACAACAUCAUGGUCAAUUAUUGGGCAAUUAUCGCAUUUGGACUCUGGUCUAUGAUUGCGGCUUCACCAAUCAAACCAAGCGCUACGACCUCAAUUGCCCCAAGAUCCGGUUCUUCUAACACCGGCCGAUGCUCAUCAGAUUGCGGCAAACGCAAUUUUAUUUUCACAGGUCUGCCUUGGAAUCAUCCUGCUGUCGCAGCAAGUGGAUAUACCCCCAAGCAGGUGGAGGCCGGCAUCCGGGCAGACAUGGCAGCAAUUAUAAAGGCCGGCUAUAACAUCAAGGCUGUUCUUCUUGGUCCUGAAGAUGGCUUGGACUUUCUUUCUGAUGAACUGAAGGGUGUGGACUGGAUCGGAACGGGUGUUGGUUUCGGGGUUCGGGGGAAUCCGACGCCAGUGAUCACGCGCCGUCUCAUGAAUAUUGUGCAACUAUAUCGCGAUGAAUACUACCCACUCUCUGCAGAAUGCUCAAACACCAACGGAACUGAUAUGAGCCUUGCGCACCCCAAUCCGCUAGGUUCGGGCUGCAUCUUUCUCCGGAUUCCCUUCGCGCAUCGAAUUUUACUGGAAAGAAGCAUGGGUUGUCUAAACGAACUUCGUGUUCUUCCUGUACAAGAAAACGUCGAUACAACUGCCAGCGUCGCCACUGGGGAACAAGAGGUAUCGAGUUAUGAGUCUAGCAUUGUAUUGAUACAUAGAUGCCCAGCCCGGCAAAGGCGUCAGCAUCUGGACCUGGGCAGCAUUAUCCUGAUUGAAUAA